UAUUCUUUGAUAACUUAUCCAGUUCAGAUGCUGAUGCUAAGGCGUUGUAGCCGCCAUUCUGAAGACUGAAAGGUUGGUUCGGAGUCUGGACAACCUGGAACCUUUGUUGUGACCUGAAGGAGUUAUAAUGACCUUGUAACCAUCGUACAGGAAGUUCUGUACCACUAGCAUAGUGCAAAUCUUACAUAUCUCAAACAUAGUAGUACCACAGUGUCAUUCAUCAUGAAUAAUUCUCACACAUUUUCAGAUACAGAUCCCAUUAGCCCGACACGUUUUCAGGUCAAUGUAGUAAAUGAGGGCUAUGACAACCCUGUCUGUGAAGGAGAUAAAGAUCCACCGCAAUACGAGGAAACAUCUUUUUCUGGGGAAGACAAUGGGCUUAGAUUGAAUUAUGGGCAAGGAAAUAGGGAGAUGUACAACAGCAUCCUACACAAUGGAGACACCAUUAAGACAGAAGUAGGUUUGCAUCCUUAUGACACUCACAGCCACACAUACUACCUGAAAACAUUUGGACACAAUACCAUGGAUGCCGUUCCCAAGAUUGAUUAUUACAGAAACACUGGCAGCAUCUCGGGGAUAAAGCAAAGUCGCCCAAGCCUGGCAGAAAUCCAUGAGCAGCUGUCAAAGGAUGUUGCAGUCACCCCUGGAUCAUUUUCCAAUGGAGAAGGUGUCAUGAAUGAGGAAGAGCAAAAUCCAGAAGAACAAAAGGGUGGAUUUGUAAAGUUUGGAUGGAUAAAAGGUGUACUGGUCAGAUGUAUGUUAAACAUAUGGGGUGUGAUGCUUUUCAUUCGCCUUUCAUGGAUUGUAGGUCAAGCUGGAAUUGGUCUCGGAGUGGUCGUCAUAUCUCUCAGUGUGGUGGUAACCACAUUAACUGGUCUUUCUAUGUCUGCCAUAUGCACCAAUGGCAUAGUCAGAGGAGGUGGGGCGUAUUAUCUUAUAUCAAGAAGUCUAGGGCCAGAGUUUGGUGGAUCCAUAGGACUUAUUUUUGCCUUUGCCAACGCUGUGGCUGUAGCCAUGUAUGUGGUCGGAUUUUCAGAAACUGUUGUGGAGCUUUUAAAAGACAAUAAUGCAAUUAUGAUAGAUGAGGUAAAUGACAUCAGAAUUGUGGGCGCAAUAACAGUUGUCCUAUUGCUUGGCAUCUCUGUAGCUGGCAUGGAGUGGGAAGCAAAGGCUCAGGUUCUUCUGCUGAUCAUACUGCUCAUCGCCAUCGCCAAUUUUUUCAUCGGAACCGUUAUUCCUACUACAGAGGAAAAGAGAUCUCGAGGAUUCUUUAACUACCAAGCUUCAAUAUUUGCUGAAAACUUUGGACCGGACUUCAGGAGUGGAGAAGGCUUCUUCUCUGUCUUUGCCAUUUUCUUCCCAGCAGCUACUGGAAUUCUUGCAGGCGCAAAUAUUUCAGGAGACUUGGAGGAUCCUCAAAGUGCUAUACCCAAGGGAACCAUGCUUGCCAUCAUUAUCACAACUAUUGCUUAUCUGGGUGUAGCUAUUUGUGCAGCUGCCUCAGUAGUACGUGACGCCACCGGGAACAUCAAUGACACAAUCUCUUCCGCCUUAUACUGCAACGGGUCCGCCGCCUGCCAACUCGGCUAUGAUUUCUCCAUAUGUGAAACUCAGAAAUGUAACUACGGGCUGAUGAAUAACAUGCAGGUGAUGAGUAUGGUGUCUGGAUUUGGCCCUCUGAUUAUUGCUGGUAUUUUUUCAGCCACUCUAUCUUCUGCAUUGGCAUCUCUAGUUAGUGCACCCAAAGUAUUUCAGGCUCUCUGCAAGGAUAACAUUUACACAGCACUUCACUUUUUCGCUAAAGGACACGGAAAAAACAACGAGCCUAUCAGAGGAUACGUUCUUACCUUUGUGAUUGCAAUGGCCUUUAUCCUGAUUGCUGAACUGAACACCAUUGCCCCCAUCAUCUCUAACUUUUUCUUGGCCUCGUAUGCUUUGAUCAAUUUCUCCUGCUUCCAUGCUUCAUUUGCAAAAUCUCCAGGCUGGCGACCUGCAUUCAAAUAUUACAACAUGUGGGUGUCUUUGUUUGGAGCCAUGCUCUGCUGUGGUGUAAUGUUCGUCAUCAACUGGUGGGCAGCUGUCAUCACAUAUGGCAUAGAGCUUUUUCUGUAUAUUUAUGUGACAUACAAGAAACCAGAUGUAAAUUGGGGAUCUUCAACACAAGCUCUUUACUACACAAAUGCUUUAAACACUGCCUUGGAAUUAAACAUCAUAGACGAGCAUGUCAAAAAUUUCAGACCCCAGUGCUUGGUCUUAACUGGUGCACCAAUGACAAGACCAGCCCUUUUGGAUUUAGCUCACUCCUUCACCAGAAAUAUAGGAAUCUGUGUAUGCUGUGAAGUGUUUGUUGGGCCACGCAAGCAGGCUGUAAAAGAAAUGAACGGCGGGAUGCUCAGGAAGCAGACAUGGUUAAAUACAAACAAGAGAAAGGCAUUUUAUGCUGGCGUUGCUGCCGACUCCUUCAGAGAUGGAGUAAGAACCCUCCUGCAGGCGGCUGGUUUAGGCAGAAUGAAACCAAAUACCCUUGUGAUGGGAUUUAAGAAGGACUGGAGACAGGCCAGCGCUGUGGACCUGGCAAACUACGUGGGAUUAUUACAUGAUGCCUUUGAUUUUGAAUAUGGAGUUGUAAUCAUGAGAAUCAGCCAGGGAUUAGACAUCUCGGCAGUACUUCAAGCUCAAGAGGAAUUCCAGAGAUUGGAACAAGAAAGACUGACCCUGGAAGCCGCAGUUAGAGAAAGUGAAUUUCAAGAUGGGAAUAGUAAAUUCCGCCGAUUCUUCAGUAAAUCUUCCAAGUUAAAUCUCACAUCUCAACCUUCUAAAAAAGAUGUCAACACACUCCCAGCAAUGUCUGCUGGUGAAUACAACCAAAAACUUGUAGAAGCUAGUGGGCAGUUCAAGAAGAAGCAAGGCAAAGGCACAAUUGAUGUGUGGUGGAUUUUUGAUGAUGGAGGCUUGACUCUUCUUAUCCCACAUAUUCUGACCCUCAGAAAGAAAUGGAAGGACUGUAAACUGAGAGUUUUCAUUGGAGGAAAAGUGAACCGUAUUGAAGAUGAAAAACUAACGAUGGCAGCACUUCUGAGUAAAUUCCGUAUCAAAUUUGCAGAUAUAUACAUUGUUGCAGACAUUAAUACAAAGCCAAGUAAAGAAAGCUGGAAGUUUUUUGAAGAGAUGAUUGAACCUUACAGACUCCACGAAAGUGCCAAAGAUGUACCCACUGCUGAGAAAAUAAGAAGAGAAAAUCCAUGGAAAAUAACAGAUUCGGAGAUUGAAAUGUUCAAAGACAAGAGUUACAGACAAGUAAGACUUAAUGAACUUCUGCAAGAACAUUCCAGAUCUGCAAACCUCAUUGUAUUGAGCCUUCCCAUUGCAAGAAAAGGAACAGUAUCCGAUCAUCUUUAUAUGGCAUGGGUGGAAAUUCUCUCUAAAAAUCUUCCACCUGUGCUACUGGUUAGAGGAAAUCACAAGAAUGUACUAACUUUCUAUUCCUAACACUACACCUAUCUUCAUAAUAGAGUUAACAUUCAUUGUAUUCAAAGUGCCUAACCGGAUCUCUAAAAUGUAAACUAUAAGAGUAAAGUGCUAAAGUAAAGCCAGAAAAAAAAGAACGUUUUUGAUCUUAAGAAAAAAUCAUAUUUAAUAUUAUAUUCACUAAAUUGAUGAGACUGCCUAAUAUGAUCAUCAAAACCAAAAUCUUGUUUUCAAAGUGCAAAUUACCAUUGUUAAAUUUUAAUAUUCUACUGCUUUGAUAAUAUAUUUUACUGCAUUCGUCUAUUACAUGUAAAGUGGGUUUUUAGAUCAGCUUUCUUUAAUAGCAUAAUAUAUUCAUUGUAAACUCUGAAUUAUAUUUUAUAUUUUUAGGAUACUCUAGCUAGAUAUGUAUCCAUGAGAAUGCGAGCAGCACAAUUAUUAAACACAAAGCUUUUCUCGGUUGGCCUUUGAGAACCUUGCUUUAAUGGAAAAAAUAACCAGUAUGCAUGACAGACUUCUGAUUGGCUCUUCUUAGUCACAUGCAGUUCAGUGCAAUCGUUUUUGUUUUGGCAAUACAUACACAGAGAAAUAUGAAGAAAUUGUUAUAUCUUAUCCUUCAUAAACGGCAUGCGCAUUAUAAACUUUAAGUGCAAUUUCGAUCUUUAUCCAAACUGUACAAUCAUUAAAAAAGUUUCAAAUUUCUACAGUAGAUCCACUUUAAAAGCAGACAUACAUUUUAAAUAUGUGUAAAGAAAAAUAUAUUUAAGUUAUUUUCUCGUGCUCAUUAAAUCUUUAAUUUCCUCUUGAGGCAUUUUCGGUCUCACUUUUAUGUUUACUAUAUUUGAUUUGAUGUUUUCCAUCUAGAAUGCAUUGUAAUACCUUCAUUUGUCUUUCUGUUGAAAAACAAAUCAAUAAAAAUUAUAAAACUUGUAA